GGAAGUGGGCUGUGUACACGAGGUGCGAGCCGAGCCCUACGCUGCAGCUUCGCGGACAAGUGGAAAGGAUUUGAAAAGUCCCUUUGCGUUCAAGCGGCGCUCUGUUUAUUUCAUGUGGGUCGGAGAAGGGGGCUAGCGUGUGACCAGGGAACAGUAUGGGGCAGAUCUGCGCCCCCGCAGGGACGAGCACAACGCACCGGGAGGCACAGCGCAGGAGGCGAUGAAUUCUCAAAAGCAGGUGACCCAUUCCGUGGCCAUUCGCGGCGAAAUCCAGAGGUUCGAGAGCGUCCAGCCCAAUGUUUACAACGUCUACAAGUUACUGCGACGCGUUCCCGAUCCCUCGCUGCGGAACACCAUUCAGCAACUUGUUACACGCAUUGAAGAGGCCUUUGUAAACAGCCAGGAGUGGACGCUAAGUCGCUCAGUCCCAGAGCUCCGGUUGGGAUUGGUUGGUAGUCUGUGCAGUGGGAAGUCUGCACUCGUACAUCGAUAUCUGACUGGUACCUAUGUCCAUGAUGAGUCUCCAGAAGGUGGUCGAUACAAAAAGGAAAUCAAUGUCAAUGGUCAGAGCCAUUUGCUGCUGAUCAGGGAUGAAGGAGGUCCUCCAGAUGCACAGUUUUCAACCUGGGUGGACGCUGUUAUAUUUGUCUUCAGCUUGGAAAAUGAGAAGAGCUUUGAGGCCAUUUACAAUUACUACACCAGACUCGCGAGCUACCGGAAUACAGCUGAGAUUGCUGUGAUGCUGGUGGGAUCACAGGAUGCAAUCAGUGCUACCAAUCCACGAGUCAUUGAUGAUGCUCGGGCACGAAAACUCUGUGCUGACCUAAAACGCUGCAUGUAUUACGAAACAUGCGCGACAUAUGGACUCAAUGUUGAUCGAGUGUUUAAUGAAGUCACACAGAAGAUCUCAGCCAUUAAGAAACAGCAACACCUUUUUGCUACAUCAUGCAAGUCGUUGCCAAGCUCUCCAAGCCAUUCAGCUGCCUCUACCCCAGUGUCUACUAUUCACAGCAGUCAGGCAAGCAAUGGUGGAAACGUGAGUGAUUAUUCAUCUUCUCUUCCCUCCACUCCGAACAUCAGUCACCGGGAUCUGCGGUCUGAUGUUUGCCAAGCCUCUGGUACUCCAGGUUCUGUCCGCAAACAUUCAAAAAGACGUUCAAGUCUUUUCGCUACUCGGCGGGGAAGCGAUACAGAGCGGAGGAGUCUCGACAGUAAAGCAGAUAAUAUUGGAAGUGGCCGUGCAAUCCCAAUUAAACAGGGUGUGUUGUUGAAGAGGAGUGGAAACUCGCUAAACAAAGAGUGGAAGAAGAAAUAUGUUACACUGUGUAACAAUGGUAUCUUGUCCUAUCAUCCAAGUUUACAUGAUUAUAUGCAGAACAUCCAUGGAAAAGAGAUUGAUCUUCUCAGGACAACAGUUAAAGUUCCUGGCAAGCGGCCACCCCGUGCUGUUUCAACCAGUGGUGCCUCCACCAGCCUAAAUGGACUCAUGGGCAGCGGGCAAGAAAGUGUUGAUUCUCUGCAUGCUGGUGGUUUAGACCCUGUUGCUGAGCAAGCAAUUGUUGGUGAUUCCAAGGUCAAAGGAAAGUUCCCAAACUGCUCCUCCAUUUCUAGUAGUGAGCAGUGGAGUGAAAAUAGUUCAAAAACUGCUGAAGGGGCUGCCAUAGGUGAAGGCAUCUCAAGUCCCUCAAGCAGCAAGCUGGACUCCCCACCCUCACCCCAGAUAAACCGAAGGAAACAUCGCAGGAAGAAGAGUGUGAGCAGGGCAGAUGGCAUGAUGGGAUUGGCAGAAGAACAAGAGGAGAACAUUGAGUUCACUAUUGUCUCCAGCACGGGCCAGAUGUGGUACUUUGAAGCAGUGAAUUUUGAAGAGAGGGAUGCCUGGGUCCAAGCCAUUGAAAGUCAAAUCCUGGCCAGUCUGCAGUCCUGUGAAAGUAGCAAGAACAAGGCUCGGAUGGACAGCCGGAGUGAAGCUGUUGCCCUUCAGGCGAUCAGAAAUGCCAAAGGAAAUUCAUUCUGUGUUGACUGCGCUGCUGCAAAUCCUACCUGGGCAAGUCUGAAUUUGGGAGCACUCAUAUGUAUUGAAUGCUCAGGGAUUCAUCGUAAUCUUGGGACCCAUCUUUCACGAGUACGAUCUCUGGAUCUUGAUGACUGGCCUUUGGAGCUAACUCUCGUGCUGACGUCUAUUGGAAAUGAGAUGGCAAACAGUGUGUGGGAGAAGAAUACUCAGGGACGCAGCAAGCCCACUCCAGAAUCUACACGGGAAGAAAGGGAGAACUGGAUCAGAGCAAAGUAUGAGCAGAAACUGUUUCUUGCAUCCUUGAAAUACCGCGACAUUCCCAUUGGAAAGCAGCUGUUUCGAGCUGUUAUGGAGAAGGACCUUCACAGUAUUUUACUACUGCUUGCUCAUGCCAAAAAGGAGCACAUCAAUGAAUGGACUGAAGAUAAAGACAAACGGACAGCUCUGCAUCUUGCCUGUGAACGAAAGGAUGUAGUAGUGACACAGCUUCUUGUCUGGUACGGCAUUGAUGUAAAGGCCAGAGACGUGAAUGGAAACACAGCUCUGUACCACGCCCGGCGAGCAGGUGGCCAGGAGUGCAUGGAUGUUCUGUUGCAACAUGGUUGUCCCAGUGAUGGCUGCAGUAUGACACCUAGUCUCAGCAGGAAAAGUAUCAGUGCCAGUCUCGAAAGGACUGAGCCCAGGCUUCCAUAUUAAACCGAAGCUUUUGAAGCACUGUGUAUCCACACCUUUUUCAUUCUCAAAGGGCAGCUACUGCAGCCUCCAGACUUUCCCACCCUCACCAACUCCCAUCCCAUUCUGUUGCAGAAUUUGGUGACCAGGAGGUGCAAUUCUUGGAAAGCACAUACUAAUUUACCACAGUUGAUUAUAUCAAUUGUCCCAAAGCCUUCUGACCAAGAGAUUGAAACUGCUGUUCUUCAAUGUAAGAGCUGUUUGAUGUUUUAUUUAAAGUGUCGAGCGCCAUGUAACUUGCAGGACAGCACUGUCGGUAUCGGAAUAUGGGGUUGAUUAAGGUUUCUGUUCCAUCUACUGAUUUACAAUUCUUAGAAAGAAUUGAAGGUUGUUUACAGAAAGCAUAACCGUGAUGUGCUGGAGUCAUGAAUCUGCAGUAAGUUAUAGACCCCAAUUUUCAGCUCCAAAUGUUUUAUAUUUGACAUAAUGAAAAUGUUGUCAAUUUUAUUUUCCAACUGUUUAAAUGGUGGUCCUAUGAGUACUGAUUGUUCCUUUUAUUCCCCCAGAUGUGCACUUGUAUUUAAAUUUGUAAAGGAAAUUUGUGUGUAAUAUCAGAUAUUACAGUAUUUAGAGAAACGUGAAGACCUACAGAACAUUCUUUCAUGCGAUCCUCUGAAGUUCCAAACAAGAAAUAGUUGUAUACAAUUCUUAUUUUGGGGAAUGAGAAAGUAGUCACUGGAGCGGCAGAUAUCUCAAUUGUCAACUGUAAAAGGUUCCAUUUACAUUCUUUUGGCAAUGAAGCUUCAUUCGUCCUGUAUUGUGCACAAAAACCUUUAACCUUACAUAACCACACCAUAUUCUGCCAUAAUAGCAUGAAGCCAACAACCUGCAAUGGCUUACCUGCAGUCUUAUUUGAAGCUGGACCUCUAAUUUUGAUACAAUGCACUGUUGAACAAAAAACAUUUUUUUUUAAAAAGAGGCUUGUGCUGAAAUAAAGCACCGUGGUUGCAAAUGAAAGAAAAUUCUGCAGCUCAAAUAAUCCUGCUGUUACAACCAAAGGAGCACUGUCUGACAGGAAGGUAAUGAAAGGAGAUAGAAGCAAAGGGUGGGGGGUUGGCAAAUAAGUGAAAUAAAGUGUUUUUAGAAAGCUUUUUUUCUAAAAUAGACCACUAAUGUGUAGUCCCAUGAAAUCAACUGCUGCUUGGAGACCAGACGCUUCACCACAGGGAAGAUUACAUCAGGAAUCAUUACCAGGCACUUGAGCAAACUGCCUAAUGGCAGAUUUCAGAGUGGCAUUGGCAGGUGGUUCACAUGUCUCAGUGAAAGUGCAUGGAAUGCAAGGCUAGAAGGGAUAAGGGAAAAUUGAGAAUUUAAAUUCAAAAGAAAAAAAUGAUCCUUAUAAGGUGCUGCAACUUCAGUACAAUGUACAAUUCCCAGUUAUCUUGAUAAUGCCUCUUCAGUCUUAUUACACUGUCAGUGCACAAGCUUUUAGCUGCCAGAUUAGUAGGUCAUAGUAAUUUAGUAGUUAGACACUGCUAGAAUGGUGGGAGAGCUUACUGUGUCUGUAAGGUCUAAGUCAAUGUCUCAAGACUUCGUUUUUGAUUCUGAAAUGUAGGGAAAGAGCCAAUAAUCACAAUGCAUGAGACUUCCCAGAUUGAAACAAAUGGGAUAGGAGACUGGAUAAGAUAAGAAAUAGGAUUUGGAUUAUACCAAGCUUAGAUUUUAAAGAUUGCAGGAGAAAUUUGCAUUGGUGAGCUUUGAGGUCUCAUGUCACUUACCAUACAUUCUAUACCAUAACCGAAUGACUGGGCCAUUGAGAUCUUCUGCAUCAAUGCUUGCAUGCUUUUUGAUGGAAAAAAAUAUAUUCCCAUAGAUUGUGAAUCACUGCUUCAACAGAUGAGACAAGCCAUUUUGUCUAAGCUCCUAGCAGUUAAAAUUGAACCACUGUUUUAGCCACACGUGGUAAAAUCAAAAAGAAUGUAAACAUAUGCAAAAUGCAGGUUGUGUGUGUUACUUGAUUCGCUUGGUAGUUUAUCUUUGAGCAAAAAGAUUGUAGGUUCAGAUCGUUCGUUCCCGAUUAACAUCAUAAUGCAGUACUGACGGAGUGCUGCAUUACCAGCUAAGACUUCAAAUGAAAUUGAGAUUGUCUCUUCUGGUGGUACAGGUGAACGUGAAAGAUUCAAUAGUACAGUUUGUCUGGUCAAUGGCAUCUCCCCCCGCUCACCCCAACAAACCACCACCAAAAACAGAUUAACUGCUCUACGAUUUAUAUGCUGCUUCUGCAAUUUUGCUGUGCGCAAAUUGGCUGCUGCAUUUGCCUCCAUAGCAACAAGCAUUGCAUUUCAAUAAUUUUGGAUAUGAGUGCUUUGGAGCAGUUUCUGGGAGCUGUGAGAAGGCGCAAAAUAAGUGCAAGUCUUUUUAACGCAAAGUUCACAUCACGCUUGGGGCAGAGGGAAGGAGUAGGCUAAUAUUUACAAUAUCAAAUCUGAAACUCACCUGACAGUAGGCACUUGUCUAGUUGUUAAUAUGGCUCAUACUCUUGAUGUUUCACAAAGAGUCAGUGUGUAAGAGUAAUGAAAUAAAAAUAGAGUGCUAGAGAAACCCAAAGAUCUGCUAGCAUAUGUGGCGAGAGAAACAAAGUUAAUGUUUCAAGUUUGAUAUUCCUCUUCCUCAGAACCCGAAGAUAUGUCCUUGAUUUUCUCUCCACAGAUGCUGCCAGACUUGUUGAGUUUCUCCAGCACAUUCUAUUUUUAUUUUAGACCUCUAGCAUUCUCAAUACUUUGCUUUUAUGUGACAGUAAUGAAUUCUAUGUAUAUAGAGUGCUACACACUGUAGUAGUACUGUUCUCGCAAAUAUUCUGGGGAACAAUUUCCUCCAUGUGUUAUAUCUAGCAAAAUUAUAAACACAUUAUUUGCAACUUUGCUAUGUAUAACACACAGGGUAAUUUCCCCAUUAUUAAGCCACUGUUAGCUUUUAGUACUUCUUGUAUUGCUCACUUUAAAUAGACAAUCUGCUUUUACAUUUUAGUGGAAAAGAAAUCCAAACAGAUGUUCUGUUUCCUUCUAGCUUAAUGGUACAAGUUGUCAAUGUGUGAAAAUUGUGUUGAAGUUGAUUACCUUUAAAUGGAGAUUGCCCUUGGUGACUGUUUUGAUCAGUUUCAGUCAUUCACUGUUUUAAUUACUUUUCAGCGUUUAUACCCUUUAG